UCCUGUUUAGUACAGAAGUACGCACUGUGUCACUGAUACUAUACUAUCUCUAUAUACUCUUUAGUAUGGCAGAAUGAAAGGUGUUGCUGUAGGCAGGAUAUUUUGUCUAUUCUGACUGUGUAUUACACUAGUUGGUGUAUUACACUAGUUAUACUAUUUACACACACUCUUUAGUGGGUUAGUAUGCGGUGGAGUGUCUGAGCGCGAGCCCGGCGGACGCGGAUUAGCGGACGCGGAUUUCAACGCAAACGAGCUUUACUUCCUACAAACGUGACUGUUCAGCUCGUCUACAGACUUCAAGUUGUUUAUUGUAUUUUAUGAGAAAAACAAGUGGAAUGUUGCUUUAAAGGGGGGAAAAAAUGAUAUAUAUGUAGAUGACAGCAGCAAAUGACGCACUGAGCCUGUACAGAGGAGCGCUCUGUUAUUCGCCGCGGCUCUUCUUCAGUUUGGACAUGCACGCGCGUCAACGACUUUAAAUAUCUACGCUUGAGACUUCAGCAGCCAUGUGUUCAUGCAGCCCUCUGGGCUCUGUAAUCUUCCUUCUUAUCAUUAGCAGGAUCAUACAGGUUUCACACUCCAGUGCUGAAGAGGUCCUACCUCCCACCAUUCAGAAACUGAUGAAGGGCUACAACAAGUACCUGAGGCCUUUCUUCGGCAAUGGUCCUGUUACUGUUGGCAUGAGUUUGGAUAUUGCCAGCAUAGAUACCAUAUCAGAGAUCAACAUGGACUACACAGCAACUAUCUUCUUGCGGCAGCGCUGGACAGAUGAGCGUCUGUGCUUUGAUGGCAAUAAGAGCCUGAGUUUGGAUGGCAGGCUGGUGGAGCUUCUUUGGGUUCCUGACACGUUCAUUGUGGACUCCAAAAAAUCCUUUCUGCAUGACAUCACUGUGGAGAACAGACUGAUCAGGAUAUUCCCCAAUGGCACCGUUCUUUAUGCCCUGAGAAUCACCACCACAGUGGCCUGCAGUAUGGACCUGACAAAGUAUCCCAUGGACAAACAAACAUGCACACUUCAGCUAGAAAGCUGGGGUUAUAAUGUGAAAGAUGUGGUGUUUUAUUGGACACGUGGGAACCAGUCAGUUAGUGGACUUGAUACUCUGCAGCUGGCUCAGUACACACUAGAGGACCACUAUACCUCAGAGUCUGAAGCUGUGUAUGAGACAGGCAGGUACCCAAAGCUGAUCUUCCACUUCCAGCUGAGGCGAAGCAUCCUUUACUUCAUUCUAGAGACAUAUGUACCAUCUAGUGCCCUAGUGGUUUUGUCCUGGGUUUCCUUCUGGAUCAGUCAGUCCUCUGUUCCUGCUCGCAUUUGCAUAGGGGUGACCACAGUAUUGACAAUGACCACUCUAAUGAUGGGUGCACGCACAUCUCUGCCCAAUGCUAACUGCUUCAUUAAAGCCAUUGAUGUGUACCUGGGCAUCUGCUUCAGCUUCAUCUUUGGCGCCCUCAUAGAGUACGCUGUGGCCCAUUUCUGUACCUUACACCAACCAAAUGCUGCUAAUGCAUAUAUGUAUGGACAAGAGAUGCAGGAACGUGAGGAUGAGAUGAAUGGGAUUGUCACAUCCAUUGGCAGACAGGCUCUGCGGGUACGCAAAAGGGAGGAGAUCCUGUCCCGUGCUGGCAGCACUAGCAGUCCCACUCCCAGUGACGCUAAAGAGGAGAAGCACUCCUCCCAGCCCCAGAGCUGCUGCACCAAGUCCCUGUCCUUGCUGCGCCGCAUUGUGUGCUUCCUAAACUGUUGUCAUGUGGAAAACCCACACUACAUUGACAACUACUCACGCCUGACCUUCCCUCUUUCCUUCAUCUUCAUUAAUCUGCUCUACUGGACCUACUACCUGUACUUUUAGUGUGUAUGUUUAUUUUUUGAGUGUGAGGGUUUCAUAUCUCUGCAAUAUGUCACACCAUUUUGGGGAUUAAUGCACUUUUCUCCUCGCAUGUUUUUGCAGAUACUACAUGUGACUCAUGCAUGUAGUAUGUAACUUUUACUCAUUUUGUCCUACAGCAUAUGUUCAUUCGGACCAUGUUUGUUUGGACUGGUCAUGGUUGUAGCAGAGUUUGGAUGAGUUGAUUCCCGAAGGUAUGUCAGUGUGAGAAAUAUAUGCCCUUUACUGCGUUUUCAGUAGAGCUUUAUGAGAAUACACAAUGCAACUAAAAUAUUGAAAGUAUGAAAUAAACGUGACUAAUUAUUUAAAUUCGAAAUAUUUUCAAGCCGGAUCAAUGAUGUACUAAUGAAUAGCAAGACCAAAGAUUUAAUGCAUUUUAAUAUCCAUGAACACAAAUAUUUCAGUGCAUGUUAUUAGAUGUUGCAGGUAGCAUUAUAUGGAUGAUUUCAGUUAUUGUUAUUUGAACAGUCAAUGUUGUUGAGUUUUGUGAUUAUAAAUUGCUGCCUUCAAGAAAAAAAAAUCACCAGGGGAUUUUGUGAUGAAUAAAAGUUAAAGAGCUGCAUUUUCCCCUCAAUUCUACUACUUAAGUAAGCAUGAAAAUGAAUCUAUAGCAUUAUUGCAUUGUUGUUUUUCUGUCAGUGACUUGACUGUUUAACAAUGUCUUGUUCACCCAAAAGUACCAACAUAAUCAGGCAAAUUUCAAAAGUGAGAUAAGACUUGAAGCAGUUAUUAUUGGUAUUAGUAGAAUAUUAGUCAGCAGAAAUAGCUGCAUUGUGAUGGGAUUUUUUUUCUCUGUACCUACUGAACUAUAUUUAUUAUAAGCAUCCCUCCAUCUUGGUGUAUGUUGUAUAGAGAGCUGCAGGCUUAUGAUAAUUCGAUCACUAUCUUUUCUUACAUUGACUUUUGGAUAGAAAACUUUUUUAUUAACAGCACAGAAUAUUCAAUUGUUUUACAGAUAUUAUGUCUUCCUACUGUACUGAACUUUGAACAACAAAGGCAUUAUUUAUUAGCAACAGUUUCAUAUUAUUAUAAAGGUCUUUACAGAUGUUUUGCGAGUUCAAUAUUUCCAGUCAUGCAUGAAUCGUGUGUAGUGGAAAAUAAGCCAUGUGGCUCCAGUAUGUUUUUUUUUUUCAUGCAUGGGAGAUUAUGAUGCAUCGAUUCCCACAGCAGCUUGUGAGGAAGGGUGCAUGGUGUGGCUGUGGGAAGUUUUACAAUAAACUAGUUCACAAUUGUAUUUGCAGUGUUAUUUUCAAUAAGAAUAAUAAAUCAAUGGGCAAACUUU